AUGCUCGUCUCUUCCCUCAAAACCAUCGUGACCCUUAGUGUUGCACUCUAUGCCACCGCUGUGCUGGCGGCUCCCAAUGUGCAGAUGGGAGCGGAUGUUCAAGACUUAUCCGAGGAACAAUCUGACUUUGACGUUGUCGCUGGACUCGGCGAUACCAUCGAGGCCCGUGGCAAGCCACCUCGCCGCCCCAACAAUAACAAUAAUAACCGGAGGCCCGGCCGCAAUGGAAAGCCCAGACGUCCCCCAAAAUAA